AUGCGUACUCAGCAGCUUCUCCCUCUUUGUGGCCUCCUACUUGCCAGCGUUGCCAUCGCAUCCAAAUUGGACCAUGACGAUGUCCCCAAUCGCUGCUGGCCUGCCUGCAGCUCCGUCAUCGGAAUCGCCAAGAGUUGUGAUGCCAAGCACGAACGGGAUUUAGCUGAGAUCCAAUGCAUUUGCGAUUGGGAUGCUGCCAAAACUCAAAUCCCGCUCUGCUCCGCCUGUAUCACCCAGUAUCAAACCGACAGGCGCAACCACAAUAUCACCAAUUACGACCACGACCACGACCACGAUGACGAUGAUGACAAUGAUGACGACGACGAUAACGAGGCCCUUGACCUUGUCCACUCUUGCUCGCUCACCCCGACUACCUACAACUCUGCCGCUGCCACUACUUUGACUGGCACGUCUACUAGCACUGGUGCUGCAAACACAGUCACCACCACAAACUCUUCUAGUACUACUACUUCAAACGCAGCCACCGGAACGGACUCUUCUAGCACCAGCGGAACCAACAGCCAGGACUCGACUUCGUCUGUCUCCUCGGGGUCAUCUGAUUCCGCUGGUGCUUCGUCGGGCUCUGCGUCUUCUCCCACUCCUACUCCCGAUGCUGCAGCUGGUAUUUCGGCUCCCGGUGCUGCGUCGAUAGCAGGUGUCAUGGGGCUGAUGGCUUUUGCUUGGCUGUGA